AUGAAGCGGUGUGAAUUGCAAAUCAGAUCAAGAAACCCUGCUUCUCCCCCAAUUCUUUGGUCUGGGCACGUGCAACAAAAUUUAAGCAAUAAAUAUGUGGAAUUAGGGGGUGGGGGUUCGAAGGUAUCAGAUGGGGUCAAAAUCGAAUUGGAUGAUAUUGAAGAUGAAUUGCCUACUGGAAUUCGGCUUUGGAGGGUUUCGAAAGACAAGGCAGUUGACAAAAUUGGAGUUCUGGCACAAGGAGUGUUCAUCAUUCGAUUUGAGGCUCAAAGCACUAGAGACAAUAUAUUGAAUGGAGGCUAUAUGUUCUUUGAUAGGAAACCAGUUGUGAUGAAGCCCUGGGAUGCCUAUACUGAUUUCAAGAAAAAAGAGUUGAGCUCAGUACCUAUCUGGCUUCAACUUCAUGGAUUAGAUAUAAAGGUGAUGGUGGAAGUGCAGUUAAAUCAAGUGUUUCCCGAAAUGAUUUCACUUACAAAUGAAUUACAUCAAGAAAUUCAUCUCACAGUGCAUUAUGAAUGGCUUCCUAUCACUUGUGGGAAAUGUUCGGGCAUGGGACAUUCAUCUGAUAUAUGUAGAAAGGAAGAAGAAGUUAGACAAAAGUGGGUGGUCAAAAUGAAAGAAGCAGGGGCGGUACCCUUGGAGGACUCUAAAAAGAAAGACAAUGAAGGUUUUAUACCAGUUACAAAGGGCAGGAAAGUGAUACCAGAGGUGACCAAGGCAACCAAUUUGCUUAACAGUUUUCAGAUUUUAGAGGAAAUGGGAGAUUGCUCGGCUAGACAAGCUCAUAAUUUGGGGUCUGUAUAUGUUAAUAUGUUUGCGGGUCGGUGUUUCUCAACAAAUAAUGCAUGGCAUAAAGGAGGUCGAAUUAUGGUGAGUUGGAAUCCGGGAAUGUUUACUGUUAAUGUUCUGAACUGUACUAGUCAAUUAAUGCAUCUAGAUGUUACUUCAUUGGCUGGUAAGGAGCAGUUUUUGGUUACAUAUGUAUAUGAAAUGAAUGACGAACAAGGAAGAGAUAUUCUGUGGACAGAUUUAAAGGACAUUGCAGACAAGGUUAUUGGUCCAUGGCUUCUCCUAGGAGACUUUAAUGAUAUCCUAAGUGUUGAAGAGAGGAUAGGUGGAAAUAUGAGGCAAAGAUGUUCUAGGGCAUUUAAGACUUGUGUGGAUUAUUGUAAGGUGGAAGAUGUCAAGUCCAUAGGUUCUUUUUUUAUUUGGAUUAAUAAACAAGGUCUAGAUACUCGGGUUUACUCUAAAAUAGAUAGAGUACUAGCAAAUCAGCAGUGGUUAGGUAAAUUUCCGACUGCAGAGGUUGUUUUUAUGUCUGAAGGUGCCUUUGAUCAUUGCCCUGCUGUUCUUUCAGUAUACCAGGAUGUUCCAGAAGGGAAGAAAGCAUUUAGAUAUUUUUGA